AUGUCAGAUUGUGACAAUACUAGCUUGAACGUGAUCGCGAGUGGCGUGUGUUGUCGCGUGCGCCGGAGCAUGCAGUGUUUUGGUCUCUACGAAGCGGAAUGCGAUGGAUGCAGCAGCGAAAAUGAUGAGGGUCGAAGUGUGGGUGAACUUCUGUUACCACAGUAUGCGCUUGCCACCGGAGGCUUGGCCCGUGAUCACCGGCCCCUCAUCACCUUUCCAGACAAUAACAACUUCCAUGUCCUCACAGCUUCAGAAUACCGCAGACUGUUACUGUACCUCACUUCAGUUCCCUCGCUAUUGGAAGCGGAAAUGGGCUUCCAUAUAAUUAUCGACCGGCGGAAAGAUAGAUGGAACUCUGUUAAAGCUACUUUACUAAGGAUAUCCGAAUUCUUCCCGGGAGUAAUACACACGGUGUUCGUGUUACGUCCGGCCAGUUUUCUUCAGAAGGCGUUAUCAGAGGUCAGCAGCAAGCUCUUCAAAGAAGAGUUCCGGUUUCGCGUGCUCGUCUGUUCCUGUGUCGAGGAGUUGUAUGAGCAUUUUGACAGAUCGCAGCUUACCCCGGAUUUAGGGGGUGAAUUACAGUACUCGCACUCGGAAUGGAUACAACAACGGAUAGCUUUAGAAAAGUUUUCAACACUGAUGAAGGAGAUUUCCACGAAGCUAGACGAGUUCAUGCAAGAAAUAGUCGACUGUGACAUGGGCAACGAUCCCGCACAAACCAAAGAAUUGUUAGACUGUCAAGAAUCUAGUUAUAAAGCUUUAAAAGGUGAACUGGUAUCAGCAACGUCCCAAGGCGAGGAGUUGCUGACACAAGUACGAAAACCAAAUCUUACCUACAAUAUUAUUAGCCACGUGGCGGCUGUUGAAAGGCUACUUGUAAAUUAUUUAAUUUAA